AUGUUCCGCGACAGUAAAAUUAAAAGCAGGAACCUGUACAGAUACGAGUUGUCCAAGCAUCGAACCAGAGCACCGAGCAUGGGAAUUCAUCGUCGAACACGAUUGAAUGUUGUUGACAACUCUGCUCUUGGAAAGGAAGCCGAUACGACUGGAAAACUACCGUACUGCAUUCACGUCUACAAACAAGGAAGACGUGCUAAGCACAUGCCACAUGCCGAACUUGGAGACAAGAUUCUAGUUGCAAUUCGUGGUCAAAUGAGAAAAGCGUACGUCGUCGGUGCGAACACCCAUGUACAUUAUCGAAAACACGGAGUGCCAGUGACGGAUCAAAAUAUGAUUGUUCUGCUUGAUGAAGAAGGAAACCCACUCGGCAAUAGAAUCACUGCACCGAUUCCGACGAAACUGAUGGCCAAUCGUGCAAAUGUACAGUUCUCGAAGGUUCUCGCGUUGGCAAACAAGUACAUUUGA